AGCCCGAGGACAUGGGACAGGAAGAGGCGCAGAAGGAAAAAAAAAAACAAAAAAAAACCCAAGAUGGCAGCGGGUUCAGAUCACGGACUGACAAGAGUAGUUUGGAAAAGAAUAAAAGACACAAUUAUUGCAGACUGCAGAAAAUCAGAAGUAUGGAAGAUAUUGAUCCUGGAUCCUUUCACCACCAAACUCCUCUCAUCAUGCUGCAAAAUGUCCGAUCUGAUGUCAGAGAAAAUAACAAUUGUGGAGGACCUGUACAAAAGCAGAGAGCCUGUUCCAGAAAUGAAAGCCAUCUACUUCAUGUCACCAACCGCUAAGUGUGUGGAGGCCUUUAUUGCGGACUUCAAGACCAAACCCAAGUAUAAGGCAGCAUAUGUUUAUUUCACUGACUACUGUCCAGAUGACCUGUUCAACAAUAUGAAGCUGUACUGUGCAAAGUACAUACGAGUCUGUAAGGAAAUCAACAUGUCCUUCAUGCCGCAAGAGGCACAAGUUUUCACAUGUGAUUAUCCGGGGGCUUUCCAAAAUAUCUACAGUCCCAGAAGUCAGGACAAAAAGAAGACACUGGAGACACUUGCAGACCAGCUCGUCACGCUCUGUGCCACGUUGGAAGAGUACCCAGGGAUCAGAUACAAGAAAGACAGCAACAUGGAGAACGCAAAGACCCUCGCAGAGCUGGUGGACAACAAGCUGGCCAGACACUAUCAGCUGGAUAACAGUGACAAGAAAAAGGGAAAGACCCAGGCCCAGCUGCUGAUAGUGGAAAGAGGUUUUGACCCCGUCAGCCCCAUCCUGCACGAGCUGACCUACCAGGCCAUGGCCUAUGAUCUCAUUGAUAUCCAGAACGACACCUACAAGUACAAGUCUAAAGAUGGCUCAGAUAAGCAGGCCCUGCUGAAUGAGGAUGACAUGCUUUGGGUCAAGCUGAGGCACAAGCACAUUGCCGAGGUCUCAGAACAAAUCCCCAAGAUGGUAAAGGAAAUAUCCGCUAAGAAGAAACAGCCAGAUGGGAAGAUCACAAUUAGCAAUUUGGCCCAACUGAUGAAGAAGAUGCCUUCAUUCCGUAAACAGCUGACUGAGAAAACUGUUCAUCUGCAGUUGGCCGAGGACUGCAUGCAACAGUUCUCAAACAACGUGGAGAAACUCUGCAAAGCUGAACAGGACCUUGCAGUGGGGUCAGAUGUGGACGGGGUGAAAGUAAAGGAUCCCAUGAGGACCCUGCUGCCUGUGCUGCUCCACCCGUACAGCACCCACGACAAGAUCAGAGCUGUGCUGCUGUACAUCUUCAGCCUCAACGGAACAACAGACGAGAAUUUGAGCAAACUCAUCCAACAUGUAAAGAUCGAGGAUGAACGAGAGUUUAUCCUGAACUGGAAAGAACUGGGUGUCCCUAUCAUCACAUCGAUGAGUUUAUUUUCUCGCAAACCAACCAGACGGGAUCGUUCCCAGGAGCAGACGUACAACCUUUCCCGAUGGACCCCUGUCAUAAAAGAUGUGAUGGAGGAUGCCGUGGAGAACAAACUGGACACCAGAGAGUGGCCCCACCAGUCUGAGUGUCCUGCUGCGUGGAAUGGCUCCGGGGCUGUCAGUGCCCGUCAGAAGCACAAAGCCAGCACUCAGGACGAGCGCCGGACCGGCUCACGCCUCAUCAUCUUUGUUAUAGGAGGAAUCAGCUUCUCUGAGAUGCGCUCUGCCUACGAGGUCACCCAGGCAGUCAAAUCCUGCGAGGUCAUCAUAGGGUCCUCCCACAUUUUGACCCCCACCAGUCUCCUGGAUGACAUCAAGGCCCUGAGCAAAGGCCCCAUGGAGACUUUCACAAUAGAGGAACGGAGCAACGCCUGAGAAGUCUGGCCCUCCAACUAACAGCCUCCCCAAACUCCCCCCAUCUCCAUACAUCUCAUAUCACUCAGCACAGUGCACUCAACUCAACUUCCUGAAUGGAAGAAUGAAGGGAACUUACCUUAUACUCAUCUUUUUGUUUUAAUACUCUUUUCAAACCCAGUGCACAUUUACAGUAGGUAAGAAGGCAAAUUCUCUUCUAAGCAGAUUUCCCUAUUGAAAAGCUUUUGCCAUAAGCUUGUGGUCUGCUUAUAGCGUUUAUACAUAGCUUGAUGUGGAAAUUUGAUGAUAUAGAUCGUAUUAAAAGUGAAUUGACCUCAUUCUACUAAGAGUUUUUUAAGUAAAAAUUGUAUAACCUGCCAAGAAAAAAGCUGGCAGUGUUACAUGUCGAAAGACCUGAGGAACUUUCAGAGACAGAAUGGCUGGAGGAAAGUGUCGCAAAGCUAAUGUAUAUACUGUAUGUAAGCACUGAGUUCUUGCUAUGCCAUGUCGGUUUUUUCCGUCACUGCUGUUUAUAAACACUUAAUGUAAUUUUGAAGAGUGUUUUAACAUAGAAUAUUUACGUUUUUCUUGCAUUGGACAACGGACUAAUAAACGGAUGAAGUGGUUCAA